AUGCCUACGUUCCCUGACGAUAUCGCCAAUAUCUCAAUCACAGAUCAAUGCAGAGUCUAUGACUACCAUACUAUGGCACAGGCUGCCGCAGUCCUGAAAGCAUACAAUAUUAAUGUUGUGGUCCUAGUGCCCCAGGUAGAAACGAAUGCAGUAGAAAGAUGGACGGAGUUCAGCACCACCUACAUGGGCCAGCCAGCGUCCUUCCUCCAGUACAUCCAAGCGGACUCCAGUGAUAUCGUUGAAGUCGUUGUUAAGGCCAUGGCUGAAGUCUCAGACUAU